CUCGACGCUUGUGCAGUCUCUACCGUGAUCGUGGUCGGAUUGAGCUUCGAUCCCGGCCUCGUCCCUCGUGGCGUGGAAUGUGUGUGGCGAACGGGCUCCCGUUUCCUUAGCUCAGCAUAUCCUGGUCGCCUUGUUGGACGUUUAGGUGGAACAUCGGCCUCACCGUUUUCGCCGUUGUCUAUUCUAGAGGAUUUCCAGAUUUCCCCCAAUGCAUCUGUAUCAUUUGACUCUGCAGCGUCCCUCGGGCGUGACGCAUUCGGUCCACGGCAACUUCUCCGGCUCCAAACUCCAGGAGAUUGUGGUCUCGCGGGGCAAAUGUUUGGACGUACUCAAGCCCGAUCCCAGCACGGGCAAGGUCCACACGCUCCUCUCCACCGAGGUCUUUGGCGUCAUUCGAUCCUUGAUGGCCUUCAGAUUGACCGGGGGCAGUAAAGAUUAUUUGAUUGUGGGUUCGGAUUCGGGUCGGAUCGUCAUCUUGGAAUACAAUGGCUCCAAGAAUCGUUUGGAUCGCGUUCAGAUGGAGACUUUCGGCAAGUCUGGCUGUCGGCGGAUCGUGCCCGGGCAAUACUUGGCCGUGGACCCCAAAGGUCGUGCCGUCAUGGUAGGGGCCUUGGAGAAACAGAAGUUGGUUUACAUUCUGAAUCGCGAUACCCAAGCCCGCUUAACCAUUUCCUCGCCCCUGGAGGCUCACAAAUCUUCGACCUUCAUUUUCCAUAUUGUGGGGGUGGAUGUGGGAUUUGAAAAUCCCAUGUUUGCUGGCUUGGAGGUCGAUUACGAAGAGGCUGACAACGAUAUUACGGGUGAAAUCGCUAGCCAAACGCCCAUGAGUUUAACCUUUUACGAAUUGGAUUUGGGCCUCAAUCAUGUCGUGCGCAAGUAUUCCGAACCCUUAGAGGAGCACGCGAACCUCUUGAUUUCCGUACCCGGCGGAAACGAUGGACCAUCAGGAGUGUUGAUCUGCUCCGAGAAUUACAUCACCUACAAAAAUCUGGGCGAUCAGCCCGACAUCCGAUGCCCCAUACCUCGUCGCCGGAAUGAUCUGGAUGAUCCCGAACGUGGCAUGAUCUUUGUGUGUUCGGCCACGCACAAAACCAAGUCCAUGUUCUUCUUUCUCGUGCAAACCGAGCAAGGCGACAUCUUCAAAAUAACCUUGGAAACGGAUGACGACAUGGUCACCGAGAUCAAACUCAAAUAUUUUGACACCGCUCCUGUGGCCUCGGCCAUGAAUGUUCUCAAGACUGGCUUCCUUUUCGUGGCCUCUGAAUUCGGCAACCAUUUCUUGUAUCAAAUUGCGCACUUGGGCGAUGACGAUGAGGAGCCUGAAUUCAACUCAGCCAUGCCAUUAGAGGAAGGAGACACAUUCUUUUUCGGACCUCGACCACUGAAAAAUCUGGUUCUGGUGGACGAGCUCGAUUCGCUCUCGCCCAUUCUCCACUCUCAAGUUGCAGACUUGGCCAAUGAGGAUACCCCUCAAAUCUAUGCGGCUUGUGGUCGUGGCCCUUGGUCAACCUUGAGAGUGCUUCGUCACGGAUUAGAAGUCUCUGAAAUGGCCGUAUCGGAAUUGCCCGGAAAUCCCAACGCAGUGUGGACUGUUAAAACUAGAGCUGAUGACGAGUUCGAUGCCUACAUCAUCGUGUCAUUCGUGAACGCCACCCUGGUUCUGUCCAUCGGUGGAACGGUCGAGGAGGUCACAGACUCGGGUUUCCUCGGCACAACGCCCACUUUAUCGUGUUCAGCUUUGGGGGAUAACGCUCUGGUUCAGGUUUACCCCGAGGGUAUUCGCCACAUCCGGGCUGACAAACGCGUGAACGAGUGGAAAGCUCCCGGCAAAAAGAACGUCGUCAAAUGCGCCGUCAACAACCGACAAGUGGUGAUCGCUUUGUCAGGAGGAGAGAUCGUCUACUUCGAGAUGGAUUCGUCUGGCCAAUUGAACGAGUAUACGGAGAAAAAAGAGAUGUCGGCCGACGUGGUGUGUAUGGCCUUGGCCAGUGUUCCCUCGGGAGAGCAGCGAUCUCGGUUUUUGGCCGUCGGUUUAGCUGAUAACACCGUGAGAAUCAUCUCCUUGGGUCCCCAAGAUUGCCUGACACCAUUGAGCAUGCAGGCCUUGCCCGAUGCUCCUGAAACGUUGUGCAUUGCAGAAAUGGGCGGCACCGACGAGCAAGAUGGAGAGCCUGGAAUCCAAGGUCAACUCUACUUGAACAUUGGUUUACAGAAUGGAGUUCUUCUGCGAACGGUACUGGACCAAGUGACCGGAGAUUUAUCCGACACGAGAACGCGCUAUCUCGGUUCGAGACCAGUCAAACUCUUCCGCGUGACCAUGCAAGGCGGCGAAGCCGUUCUGGCCAUGUCCUCUCGAUCCUGGAUCUCUUACUACUACCAAAACCGUUUCCAUCUCACUCCUCUGUCUUACGAGACCCUAGAAUACGCAGCCGGGUUCUCCUCCGAGCAAUGUCCGGAAGGAAUCGUGGCCAUUUCCACCAACACAUUGCGCAUCCUGGCUCUCGAAAAGCUGGGAACAGUGUUCAACCAAACCUCGGUACCCUUGGACUACACCCCUCGGAAGUUCGUUGUCAACAACGAGGCCAACCACCUUUAUGUGAUCGAGACGGAUCACAACGCCUACACAGAAGAGACCAAACAACAGAGGAAGGUGCAAAUGGCCGAGGAAAUGCGUGAAGCCGCAGGUCAGGACGAGCAAGAAUUGGCCAACGAAAUGGCCGAGGCCUUUCUGAACGAGAACCUUCCGGAAGACACAUUUGGAGCCCCCAAGGCCGGGGCAGGCAUGUGGGCCUCUUGUAUUCGGAUCCUGGAUCCCACCAAAGGUGACACGCUCCAACAAAUAUACUUGGAGCAAAAUGAGGCGGCCAUGAGUAUUGCCUUGGUUCGAUUCGCCGCGUAUCCAGAAGCGCUCUACUGUAUUGUUGGUGUGGCCAAGGAUUACACGCUGAAGCCUCGGACAGUGGCCGGGGGGUUCUUGUACACGUAUCGAGUACAUCGGGGAGUAUUGGCACCCAAUCAAGCGCCCAUGGAGUUGGUUCACAAGACCACCUUGGACGAGAUCCCUUACGCCAUCUGUCCAUUCCAAGGGAAAGUCCUCAUUGGGGUUGGAAAAUUACUCAGGCUCUACGACAUUGGAAAGAAGAAGCUCCUCCGGAAGUCCGAGAACAAGCAUAUUCCCUAUUGUAUUGUUGAUAUCAAGACCAUCGGCGAUAGGAUCAUCGCGUCAGACAUCCAAGAGAGUGUCCAUUUCCUGAAGUACAAACGCAUGGAGAACCAAUUGGUAGUCUUCGCCGAUGAUACCACUCCCCGAUGGGUGACCACCACUUGUGUACUGGACUACAACACAGUGGCCAUUGGAGACAAGUUUGGCAAUAUCAGUAUUGUUCGAUUGACACAUAAUGUCAACGAUAAUGUAGAUGAGGACCCAACUGGGACGAAAUCUCUUUGGGAUCGAGGCAUGUUGAGUGGAGCCAGUCAGAAAGCGGAUUGCAUUACCAUGUUUCACAUCGAAGAGAUCCCUCUUUCACUCCAAAAAGCCAGUUUGAUCCCGGGGGGCAAUGAUUCUCUGGUAUUCGCCACCUUAUCUGGAUCUGUGGGCAUGCUCGUCCCAUUCACUUCUCACGAGGAUCACGACUUUUUCCAAAAUCUGGAGAUGCAUAUGCGAGCCGAAAAUCCACCUUUGGGUGGGCGUGACCAUUUGGGGUAUCGAUCCUACUAUUUCCCUGUUAAGAGCGUGAUCGAUGGGGAUUAUUGUGAACAGUACAACAAUCUCGAAGGUUCCAAGCAAAAGAGCAUCGCCGAAGAGCUCGACCGUACUCCGGCAGAGAUCUCGAAAAAGUUGGAAGAUAUCAGAACCAGAUACGCUUUUUAACAAGCACUGUUGUACCCGUGUAUGUGUUUCGAGUAAAUGUGACUACUAGUUCUGAAAA